AUGAAAGUAUAGCUAAGAAUGUAAGAAUAUUCUGAAAUUUUUUAGAGCUAAUUAAUAAGUGAAUAAACAAUUCAGAUUUAGUUCUUUAAUAACUUCAUUGUAAUACUUUACAUUUAAUAAAACAAAUACAAUUGGAGUAAUCGAAUUAUUGGAAAGUAAUUAGUUUAAAAUAUUGACUUUAGUUAACAAGAUUUUAAUGUAAUUAGAAGUAGAGAAUUGGAUUCGAAAAGGGAAUCAAAUUUGA